AUGACAUGCAAUUUGAAUGUAACAUGUGGUGUUUCUUAUCGUACUUAUUCGGCCUACAAAUCUCAUAUAUAUCGUCGGCAUUCUUCUCAGCUGUAUUCAUCAGAACCAACGUUUUACAAUAUAAACGCUUCUUGUACAAAUAACAACGAACAAGAUGAUGCCGAUUUACCUGUCGAUUCAAAUAUUAUUUACGAUGAUUAUAACAAUGAAUUGUUUUACCUUGACAAUGAUGUUUCAUUAGAUUUAUCAACAUAUGAAAAUAAAGAAGAACCUGCAAGAACCACAGCAUCAUUGUCGUCUACUACAGUUCAAGAAAAUCCGUCAGUUUCAACUUUAGAUAUUAAAAAAUCUUACACAUCGUUUAUUGUGCAACUUCGAGAAGAAUUUCUUGUACCAAAGAAUACUACACAUGUUAUUUGUUGCUAUAUUAUUACUCUCAUGAAACGUUUGGAAGUUUUAUUUGAAGCGCAGGCGAAAGAUAUUAUUGAUGAUAAUGUUUGCUCAAAAGCCUCCAAAGAAAAAUCAACAAAUAAAGUUAUUGAAUUAAAUGUACUCAAAGGUGUGAUAAAAAAUGUUUGUCAUGAAAUAAAAUGUAUCACCAAAAACGAGUAUCAAUUUACAAAAAGUUGCGAAGAAUUUUUUAGUUAUUAUCCACCUGAAGAAAUAAUUGUUUCAGCAAACGACGAAGAAUUAGAACAAGGAUACUUUAUUCCAAUAGAUAAAUCGUUGUCUUUAAUGUUACGCUCUCAAACUAUUCUAACUGAAAUUCUUCGAAAUUUUCAACAGCAACGGAUGGCAGUUGAAAUUGAUGAAGAUUUGAUGCUAUCUUAUCGAGACGGACAUUUUGGCAGCAGAAUCGAUGAUAACAAUCUAACUGAACAGUACCGAUCUCGAAUUGAUUUUAUUAAUUUAGUUGCAAUAUGUCCUACUAAAAUCUUCAAAGACAAUAUGAAAGCUAAACGCUUUCUUCAACCAAUUAUUGACAAUUUAAACCAGUUGCAAGUGAAUGGACUUUUCAUCAAUGGUGUUCACAUAAAAUUUUCAUUUUCUACGAUGGUGGCAGAUAAUUUAGCUGCACACUUGAUUGGUGGCUUUCAACUGAAUUUUAAUAGCGGAUAUUUUUGCCGAAGAUGCUAUAUUAAAUAUGCUGAUAAAAAUUUGCCGAUUUUAAUGACCAAAGCUGAUACUAGAACAAGCACUGAUCAUGAUAAAUUUAUCGAAAAAAUUAUUCAAAAUCCAUAUGAAUCACCAUUGAUGGGUAUCACUAGAAAAAGUACAUUUGAACAAUUAAUUGGCUUUCAUCCGAUCAUGUCACUUCCAGGUGACUUAAUGCACGACUUUAUCGAGGGUAUUUGUCCUCUUGUAAUGAUGGCUAUACUUAAACAAGCGUCAUCGAUGCGACUUGUAACUUAUGGUGAAAUAUGA